AUGCUGACCCGCCGGUUCUCCGACGGGGAGACCGGCCAGGAGCCCGCCGCGGAGGAUCGCAGCACCGCAGCUGGCCCCGCCAAGCAGCACCACAAUACUCACGACGACCACAGCAACGACAACAACAAGAACGACCAGGAUACCGACAUCGACAUCGACAUGAUUCCCGACGACCCGGCCAGCUCCGCCCCGCUCCGCCUGCCGCCACACCUGAUCGCCCGGCUGUACCCCAUCCCAGCCGACCGCCCGCGCCGCCGGCCCUCGGCCGCAUCCUCGUCCUCGCGCCGCAGCUCCAUCUCAUCGCUGCACUCCAGCCGCUCGGGCCACGGCAGCACUGCCGCGGGGGGCACGCGGCCGCGCGACCCGCUGGUGCAGCACCUGCGGCGGGCGUCGAUCCUCGAGUCUCGUAAAGCACGCCUGGCCGACCGGGCGGCGCACGUAGAGCGAGUGCGGCUGCGCGCCGCCGCCGCAGCAGCAACCGCGGCGGCGGGCGGCGGUCCCGACGGCCAUCGCAGCACGAUCAAGCAGGAACGCGCCGCGGCGGCGCAGCUGGCGCGCGAGAAGCUGCUGGCGGACAUCGCGGCGCGCGGCGAGGAGGAGGUGCGCCGUGCCAAGCAGAAGGCCGAGGCCAUGCGUGAGCGUCGGGCUGCGGAGCAUGCGCGCCUGCGCCUCGAGAAGCAGGAGAAGUUCGCUGAGGUCGAGCGCCGGCGCCGCUUGUAUCAGCAGCAGCCGCCGGGGCGGCGUGCGCGGCGGACUAGCUCGGCGGAGCGCAAGGGCGGGGCAACGACGACAACAGCGAUGGUGGGCGUGGCGGCGGCGGCGGCGGCGACGACGGCACCCCAGCGGAGGAGCGCGAUGGGCCAGCGGGAGGCCGUGGGCGUGGUGCAGCGGGCGUGGCGGCACUGGCGCGCGCGUCGGGCCAUGCAGGCGUUCCAGGCGCUGGACCUGCGGCUGGCGCGGCUCGGCGGGAUGAGCUUUGAGGCCGUGGGCGCGCUGCUGGCGGAGGAGCGCGUGCUGGCGGCCACGGGCCGUGUGCUGCGGCUGUGCGGCUUGCUGGACGCGGCGGAGGGCGUGCCGGGCGAGCGCGGGGCCGUGCGGGUGUUCCUCAGCAGCUUCUUGAUCCUGGCGCACCCGGCGCAGGUGCUCAACCACGGCCGCACCAGCAGCAGCACCAGCAGCGGCGGCGGUGAGGAGGAGCAGGAACAGGAGCACGACCUGCUGUCCAAGGCGCAGGACCUGCUGGUGGCGUUCGAGCAGGCGGUGGCGCCGCUGGCCACGGCGGGGCUGUCACCAGCAGCACCCAGCACGCACGACGACGAUGAUGACGACGACGACGACGCGGGGCUGUUACAACCGCCGCUCACGCAGCAAUUCCACACGUUCAGCGCGGCGUUCCACGCGUGGAAGGCGCACGACUCGACGGUGCUGGUGGCCAUCAUGGUCGCGCAGUUCGUCGAGCUGGACCUGAUCUGGCAGACGGUGCAGGACGACCGCGCCGGCGGCGUGGCCGACGACUACCGCCGCGGCAUCCGCCACAACCAGAUCCUGCUGCUCGCCCGGCUCAAGCGCCUGGCCGGCGCGGAGCCCGCCAUGGACCGCGUGCGCCAGGCCGUGCGCCAGGCCCGCCGUGAACGCCGCCGCCAGCAGCAGGGAGCUUCAUCGUCAUCGUCACAGCAGCAGCAGGCGAUCCCGCGCGCGGUGACGGAGAUGCGCACGCACGGCGAGGACGCGCCGGGGGCGGUGGCAGCAGCAGCAGCAGCGGAGGAGAGCCCGACGCCGCUGGGCGAGGUGUUUGCGGCGGAGGCGGCGCUGGCGCAGGAGCAGCAGGAGCAGGAGGAUAAGGAUGCCCGGAGCCCGCCGGAGCAGUUCAUCCAGCUGCUCACGGCCUUGCCCGACAACCGCACGCUGGUGCACGAGCUGCUGAUCGACCGGGCGUACACCAUCGACGAGGCGUCGUACACGGCGGUGCGGCGCGACGUCAUGCAGCAGGUGUGCGGGCUGAUGCGGCGCGACGCCGGGGGACGCACCGGCAGCCAGGCGGCGAGCACGGACUGGACGGUGGCCAUGGCGACGGCGAUCCGCGCGCGGCUGCUGCAGCCACUGUCCCCGGGCAGCGGGCUGCACGCGCUGAUCCACGACACGCUGGACCCGGCGGCGGUGCGGGCGCAGUGCGCGGCCGGUGCGUUCAGCUACCGCGCGCUGUUUGGGUUCGUGGCGGGCGUGCUGCCGCGGCUGUGCGCGCCGGUGCGCGACGCCGCGGUGCAGGCGUUUGCCGACGACAACGACAACGACAACGAGGAUGCCAUUGCGCGGCUGGCGCGGCUGAUGGGCGUGCUGGACCUGCUGGCGCUCGACCACACCAACUUCCUGCUGCAGCUGGCGGCGCCGCAGCUGCUGCGCGACGGGCCGGCGUACGAGCGGCGGGCGUUUGCACGCGACGUGCGCGACGGCACGGUCAGCCUGGAGCGCACGCGGCGGUUCUGGGCGCGCAGCCGGCGCGCGCUGGUCGACGAGGCGCGGCGGCGGGACGCAACGACCGCAGACGAGAGGCCCGCAGCGGCCAAGAUCUACGCGCACGGGCUGGUCGGGCUGGUGCUGGGCAGCGGCAGCGGUGGUGAUGGGCCGCGGCUGUCGCGCUGCGCAGUGCCGGAGACGCUGGACCGCGACUACGCGCGGCUGGGCCGGCUGGCGGCGCAAGGGUGGCGGCUGGCGGCGGCGGGCGCGGUGCUGGUGGGCGCGAAGACGGGGCUGAAGCGCGACGUGCGCGCCAGCUGGGCCGCGGAGGCCGAGCGGCUGCUGCGGCUGGACUGGGCGGCUGUCAGCGCCGCGCGCGUGCUGGCCGUCGUCGAGGCCACCCGGCCCAUGCCCGCUGCCGCCCGCGGCCUGCUGCUGGCCACCAUCCGUCGCGUGCAGGCGGGCGUGCUCGCCGCUAGUAGUAGUAGUAGUAGUACGUCGACGACAACAGACCCCGUGGCGCGGCUGCUGCAGGCACGGCUGCGCGCGCAUGUGCUGGCACGACUGAGCGCAACCAGCGCGGGCGAGCGAGUGCGCGCGGCCAGCACGGCCAGCGAGUCUCUGGCGGCCGCGGGGCUGCCGGAGUUCGUGGGCGCGGUGGGCGCGCUGGUGGGCGAGCUGGAGCGCGUGCGGGACGUGGACUGGGCGAGCCACGCCGAGUGGUACGGGCUGGAGUAG